UAAUUUAUAAGGUCUGGUAUACACAAGGGUCAGGGAUGUACCAAGAUGGCGUCCGUAUCAGGGCUAAUUCAGACAGCUCUGUUUAACAGCAACCCGACUGUUCUGAACAAGAAAGAAGCAGGAGGCUUUGAAGCAGACUUUGUUUGCACUAUUCCCCCUGAUUACCAGUGUCCUAUCUGUCAGCUUCCCUUCCGAGAUCCCGUACAGACGAGAGAUUGCGGCCAUCGCUUUUGCGAAUCGUGCCUUGAACCGAUUUUACGAAAGCCACCGGCGUUUUGUCCCAUUGACAGGAGAUGCAUUUCCCGAGAUAAGGUGUACCCCGACAAAGCUUGCAAGAGAACAGUUUUGUCGCUGACUGUCAAGUGUCCUAACCACGUCACGGACUGUGAGUGGGUUGGAGAGCUUGGCAAUUUACCUGUACAUAUAGAGGCUUGUAAGAGGGUGCCUAUUAAGUGUAUCAACAACUGUGGGAGAACUGAUAUAGCCAGAGAGGAGAUGGCAGUUCACAUAGAUGUAGAUGGGGAUUGCCCCUUAGCCACUGUACCUUGUAAAUACAGUGAUGUGGGGUGCAAAACUAAGGUGAAACGAAGUGAGAUGGAGAAGCACCUACAGGAUAGCAUGGCAUCCCAUCUUGACAUGGCUCACAUCAGAAUACGCGAACUUGAGCAGAGGCAAGAAAAAAUAUGUACAAAUGGAAAAUUUUUAUGGAAAAUAUCAAACUACACCCAACUCUUCCAACAAUCAGCUACCAAAAAGGAAAAAGAAAAACUGUGCAGUCCACCGUUUUAUACUGGCCAGUAUGGAUAUAAGCUUCGAGCUGAGGCGUUUCUGAAUGGAUUAGGUCAAGGCAAGGGCACCCAUCUGUCUUUGUAUGUGGUGAUAAUGAAAGGAGACUAUGACUCUGUACUUCCUUGGCCGUUCCAGCAAAGAGUGGACUUCAUAUUAAUCGACCAAGAUGAUGACUUUACCAGUCGGCAAAAUAAAACAUGGAGACUCACUUGUGAUCGUAACAGUGACUACUUUGGGAGACCAAAUAAGGCUAAAAGCCUUGGAUUUGGAUGCCCAAAAUUUGUCUCCCAAGAAACUCUAAAAUCACGGAAUUUUGUGCGGGAUAAUACAGUUUUUAUCAUGAUAGAGGUAGAACCACUUGAUAUGUAGUUAUUAGUAUUUUUUUUUAAUUUUGAUAGGUAAAAUAUAGUAGAAUUUGCAAACAUAUAUACUUUUAGUAACAUUUUGUGUGGGGAUUACACAUCAGUUUUCCUCCUUUCAUUUUAAAUGUCCCAACACUUUGCUUUGACAGUUGGGUUCUGCCCAUGGUGAUUCUUGAUAAUUUGUUCAACAUACCUUUAACAGUGCUGCCACAGGUAGCCCAAACUCUGUAUUUGUCUUGAUACAAGAUUUUUUUCCAAAAUCCAGAGUGAAUUAAUUGAAGGGUAGGCAUGGAUAAGGGCUAGGAUUUUUGCAAAUUUUCUAUACCUCCAAAUUCAAUCCAUAUAUAAUAACUGUAAUGUGAAAAUGGGCUACCUGUGGUAGCUUGGGGGACAGGUAUUAUUGGAUGAUAGGUGACAUAAUAUGGGCAAAAGGAUUCUCUUUUUUCGUGAAUUUAGCAACAUAAACACAACCUUUCUUUAUGCACGCCCCCCUCCCCCCAAAAAAACCCAGCAGGCUAUUUGAAUACAGAUACCAAAAGGCAGGGUUUUCCUUCUCCGCGUUAUUUUGCCAAUAAUCGUAUACUUGAUUGAAAACAGUAUAACAAUUUUACACAUAAUUUCAUAAACUAAGUAAAAUUGGCCAGGUUUUUAUAUUACAGAUUUGACCUACAUUUUUUAUUUGAACCGAAUUUUUAAGAAAAGAAAAAAUUAUACCGUAUAAGAUAUACUAAUGUACAAAAAGUCAAGGAAUUCUUCUGUUUUGUCUUUGGUCGCAUACAUAUAAUGUACCCAUGCUGAAGUAUGAAUGACAAAUGUUGUAAAAUCCGGUUUAAAAUCCAUUACGUGGAUAAAUAUAUCAAAAUAAUGCAAAAGUUGGGAAACAUUCUAUCUAUAUAUGUCCGAUAGAGAAAUGGACUAUUUUGUUUGAUAAAGUAUCAACAGUUGAA